ACCAGCGAGCUCUGGAGCCCACCGCUCGAUCAGUUAGUGUCUGGUCUUGUGGCGUGUGUGGCUGGAGGCAUCUGUAAAACCAGCAGACUCACAGCAUGAGCUAAAGGCUCGCUCACAAGACAAGAUGAACCGGGAGUUGGAGUAUAUGUUUGUGCAAUGUGCUCGGGUGUGGAUCCCCGAUACAGAGGAGGUGUGGAAGUCUGCUGAGCUGACCAAGGACUACAAAAAUGGCGACGCCUCCCUUCAGCUCAUGCUGGAGGAUGGAUCGAACAUUGAUCACAAACUUGACCCCAAGACAAAGAACCUGCCUUACCUGCGAAACCCCGACAUCCUGGUGGGCGAGAAUGACCUCACAGCGCUCAGCUACCUCCACGAGCCAGCCGUGCUGCAUAACCUCAAAGUCCGCUUCAUCGACUCAAAACUUAUCUACACUUACUGCGGAAUCGUUCUUGUGGCCAUCAACCCGUACGAGACGCUGCCCAUCUAUGGAACAGACAUUAUCAACGCCUACAGUGGUCAAAACAUGGGAGACAUGGACCCACAUAUCUUUGCUGUGGCAGAGGAGGCUUACAAACAGAUGGCCAGGGAUGAGAGGAACCAGUCGAUUAUUGUGAGCGGGGAGUCUGGAGCAGGAAAGACGGUAUCAGCCAAAUACGCCAUGAGAUACUUUGCUACAGUCAGUGGCUCCGCCAGCGAGGCCAACGUGGAGGACAAAGUCUUGGCUUCCAACCCCAUAAUGGAGGCCAUUGGAAACGCAAAGACCACCAGGAAUGACAACAGCAGUCGUUUUGGCAAAUACAUCGAGAUCGGUUUUGACACCCGCUACCGUAUCAUCGGUGCCAACAUGCGAACAUAUCUCCUGGAGAAAUCACGAGUCGUGUUUCAGGCGGACGAGGAGAGGAACUAUCAUGUCUUCUAUCAGCUCUGUGCAUCAGCCCAUCUGCCCGAGUUCAAGAAUCUGAGGCUGAGUAGUGCAAAUGACUUCCUGUACACCAGGCAGGGCCGCAGCCCCGUCAUCGACGGUGUGGACGACACCAAGGAGCUUUGCACCACUCGCAAUGCCUUCACAUUGCUGGGUAUUAAUGAGUCCUAUCAGAUGGGGUUGUUCCAGGUUUUGGCUGCUAUUCUUCAUCUGGGAAAUGUAGAGAUUAAGGACAGAGACUCGGACAGCAGCGUUAUUCCUCCCAACAAUCGUCACCUGACGGCAUUCUGCGAGCUCGUGGGUGUGACCUACCAGGACAUGUCUCAGUGGCUGUGCCACAGGAAGCUGAAAACGGCCACAGAGACGUAUAUCAAGACCCUCCCUCGUCUGCAGGCCACCAACGCCCGUGAUGCCCUGUCCAAACAUAUCUACGCCAAGCUCUUCAACUGGAUUGUAGAGCACGUCAACAAGGCUCUGAUCACCAACGUUAAACAGCACUCCUUUAUUGGGGUCCUCGACAUCUACGGGUUUGAAACAUUUGAAAUCAACAGCUUUGAGCAGUUCUGUAUCAACUACGCUAAUGAGAAGCUCCAGCAGCAGUUCAACAUGCACGUGUUCAAGCUGGAGCAGGAGGAGUACAUGAAGGAGCAGAUCCCCUGGACUUUAAUUGACUUCUAUGACAAUCAGCCCUGCAUCAACCUCAUAGAAGCCAAGAUGGGCAUCCUGGACCUGCUGGAUGAAGAGUGCAAGAUGCCUAAAGGUUCAGAUGAUUCAUGGGCUCAGAAACUGUACAACACCCACCUAAAGACCUGCUCCCUCUUCGAGAAGCCACGCAUGUCCAACCGCGCCUUCAUCAUCCAACACUUUGCUGACAAGGUAGAAUACCAGUGUGAUGGUUUCCUGGAGAAAAACAAGGACACGGUAAAUGAAGAACAGAUCAAUGUGCUGAAGGCCAGCAAGUUUGACCUGCUGGUGGAGCUGUUCCAGGAUGAGGAGAAAGCGACCAGCCCCACUGGUCAGGUCCAAGGAACCGGAGGCCGAACCCGCCUCAGCAUCAAACCCGACAAGGGCCGGGAAAAGAGCAGCAAGGAGCACAAGAAGACAGUCGGCUGUCAGUUUCGUAACUCUUUACAAAUGCUGAUGGAGACUUUGAACGCAACCACCCCACACUACGUCCGCUGCAUCAAACCUAAUGACUUUAAGAUGGCCUUCUCGUUUGAUCCCAAACGUGCGGUGCAGCAGCUCAGAGCCUGUGGUGUCCUAGAAACCAUCCGUAUCUCUGCUGCAGGCUUCCCAUCCAGGUGGACGUACCAGGAGUUCUUCAGCCGUUACAGAGUACUAAUGAAACAGAAGGACGUGCUUCCCGACAAGAAGUUGACCUGCAGGAAUGUUCUGGAGAAAUUAGUGCAGGACCAGGAUAAAUAUCAGUUUGGUAAGACUAAGAUCUUCUUCAGGGCUGGCCAGGUGGCUUACCUGGAGAAGCUGAGGGCAGACAAGCUGCGUGCUGCCUGCAUCCGCAUCCAGAAAACUAUCCGCUGCUGGUUGGCACGCAAGAAGUAUCUGCGCAAGCGCUGCGCUGCCAUCACCAUCCAAAGAUUUACCAGAGGAUACCAGGCCCGCUGCCUGGUCAAGUUUAUGCGCCGCACUCAGGCAGCCAUCAUCAUCCAGAAGUACCAGAAGAUGUACGUGGAGAAGAAGCGCUACAGGCAGAAGCAGGCUGCCGCUCUGGCCAUGCAGACUAUCCUCAGGGCUUACAUGGCCCGGCAGAAAUAUCAGGGGCUUCUGCGGCAGGCUUCGGCCGUCAUCAUUCAGAAGCACAUCCGUGGCUGGUUGGCUCGGUGCUGGUACAAGCGCUGCCUUGUCUCCAUCGUCUACCUGCAGUGCUGCAUUCGCAGGAUGAAGGCCAGGCGUGAGUUGAAGAAGUUGAAGAUUGAGGCUCGCUCAGUGGAGCACUUCAAGAAGCUCAACAAAGGCAUGGAGAACAAAAUCAUGCAGCUGCAGAGGAAGAUCGACGAGCAGCAUAAGGAAAAUCGGGUGGUGAACGAAAGGUUAGUUGGCCUGGAGACUUCCUACACAGCAGAGAGCGAGCGGAUGCGUGGCGAGCUGAGCCGACUGCGCGGGGUGGAGGAGGACGCCAAGAACAAGGCCAACCAGGUGUCAUCUCUGCUGGAGGAGCUGGAGAGGCUGAGGAAGGAACUGAGUGCCACGCAGCAGGAGAAGAAGACCAUCGAGGACUGGGCGCAGACCUACAGGGACGAAAUGGAGAAAAUGGUGUCGGAGCUGAAGGAUCAGAACGGGUUGCUGAAGAAAGAGAAGGACGACUUGAACAGGUCGAUUCAGGAACAGAGUCAGCAGAUGACCGAGAAAAUGACUCGUGCAAUAGCACAGGAGACUCAGCAGCUCGAGACAGAUCUGAACGAGGAGCGCUCUCGCUACCAGAAUCUCCUGACAGAACACCUUCGCCUAGAGGAGAAAUACGACGACCUGAAAGAAGAGAUGGUUCUUUCUUCGAACGUUUCCAAGCCUGGCCACAGGAGAACAGAUUCCACCCACAGCAGCAACGAAUCCGAGUACACCUACAACUCAGAGUACGCCGAAUUAGAAGACGGUUCCCGUGUCCGCGAAGAUGUAACAAGAGGGAUAGACACGUCUCUGACUCUCAAACUACAGAAACGUCUUACAGAGCUAGAACAAGAAAAGCAGUCGCUGCGCAACGAACUGGAAAACAAAGAGGAGCAGUUCCAGCGGGCUAGAGCCAGGGAUGAUGAGGAGUUUAAAAAGGCUCGUGGAGCAGAGCUGGAGUACGAAUCUCUGAAGCGUCAGGAGCUGGAGUCAGAGAACAAGAAGCUGAAACAUGAUCUGGCAGAAAUGAGGCAAAGUCUGCUGGGUAAUGCAGCUACAGGUGCCGGGGCCCCGGGUUCACCAGCCUACAAGGUGCUCUUGGACCAGCUCAACGCCUCCUGUGAGGAGCUGGAAGUCCGCAAGGAGGAGGUGCUGAUCCUGCGCUCCCAGCUGGUCAGCCAGAAGGAGGCCAUGCACCACAAGGAUGAGAAGGAGACCAUGACCGAGCCCUCGGUGUAUGCUGAUGAUGUCACAAAACUGAAGGAUGCUGAAGUCAAGCAAGCUUAUGUAGGCCUCAAAGACACCAACAGCUCUCCCAGGUUCAUGCGUCAGCCGCUGGAAGUCAGUGAUCUCCUGAGUAGGCUGAGAUCCGCUGCUCCAGACUUCCAUAAGCUGAAUGAGGACGGAGAGCUGUGGCUGGUUAAUCAGGGCUUAAAGGAGACCAUCAGGUUACUGGAGCAACAGCUGCAGAGUCAGCGGAGGACUUACGACAGCGAGGUGGAGGCGUUGCGCGGCGAGCUGCAGAACGUCAAGGAGGAGAACAACCGUCAGCAGCAGCUCUUGGCCCAAAACCUCCAGCUGCCUCCAGAGGCCCGAAUCGAAGCCAGUCUGCAGCACGAGAUCACCCGGCUCACCAACGAGAAUCUGGAACUCCUGGCCGAAGACCCCACAGCAUCCCGAGAGGCUCGAGUCAUCAUUUUACGACGAAUGGUUGACCUAAUGGAGCAGCUGGAGAAACAGGACAGAACCAUCCGCAAGCUCAAGAAGCAGCUCAAGGUUUACUCCAAGAGGAUUGGGGAGAUGGGAGCCGGUCAAGCCGAGGGCCAAACGUCUCCAGGACAGAUGGUGGACGAGCCCAUCCACCCCGUCAACAUUCCCCGCAGGGAGAAAGACUUCCAGGGAAUGCUGGAGUACAAGAAGGAGGAUGAACUAAAGCUGGUUAAGAAUCUUAUCCUGGAGCUGAAGCCUCGUGGUGUCGCCGUGAAUCUGAUCCCUGGUCUGCCAGCCUACAUCCUGUUCAUGUGUCUGAGACAUGCAGACUAUGUCAAUGAUGACCAGAAGGUCCGCACUCUGCUGACAUCCACCAUCAACAGCAUCAAAAAGAUCUUAAAGAAACGAGGAGACGACUUUGAGACGGUGUCCUUCUGGCUGGCCAACACCUGUCGCUUCCUGCACUGUCUGAAGCAGUACAGCGGAGACGAGCAAUUCAUGAAGCACAACACAUCCAGGCAGAAUGAGCACUCUCUGUCCAACUUCGACCUGGCAGAAUACAGACAAGUCAUCAGCGACCUUGCCAUCCAGAUCUACCAGCAGCUGAUCAAAUGCAUGGAGAACAUCCUCCAGCCCAUGAUCGUGUCUGGCAUGUUGGAACACGAGACCAUCCAGGGCGUGUCAGGGGUGAAGCCCACAGGUCUGCGUAAGAGGACGUCCAGCAUCGCCGACGAGGGCACCUACACCCUGGACUCCAUCCUGCGGCAGCUCAGCGCCUUCCACUCCACCAUGUGCCAACACGGCACCGACCCCGAGCUCAUCAAGCAGGUGGUGAAGCAGCAGUUCUACAUCAUCGGAGCCGUGACCCUCAACAACCUGCUGCUACGCAAAGACAUGUGCUCCUGGAGCAAAGGCAUGCAGAUCAGGUACAAUGUGAGCCAGCUGGAGGAGUGGCUCAGAGACAAAGGUCUGAUGACUUGCGGAGCCAAAGAGACACUGGAGCCUCUGAUCCAGGCUGCUCAGCUGCUGCAGGUGAAGAAGAAGACUGAUGAGGAUGCCGAGGCCAUCUGCUCCAUGUGCCUGGCCCUCACCACUGCUCAGAUCGUGAAGGUCCUGAACCUCUACACCCCGGUCAACGAGUUUGAGGAGAGAGUGUCGGUUGCAUUCAUACGAACCAUACAGACUCGCCUACGAGACCGUUGUGAGAGUCCCCAGUUGUUGAUGGACACGAAGAUGAUAUAUCCCGUCACCUUCCCGUUUAACCCGUCCUCCCUCGCCCUGGAAACCAUCCAGAUCCCCAGCUCGCUCAACCUGGCGUUCCUCACCCGUGUCUAACCCGAGCCCACAGGACCGAUCCGAGCCCUGCAGCCAUUCUGUCGGAAAUCCAAGUCACAUGCCACCCUCUGGCCCAAAAUUGAAAUGGAAAAGGUGUUUCUGAGGGUCACAUACACUCCAAAAUUAGAUGUUUGUAUUGGCACAACCUGAAAUAAUGUCCAAAAAAAUAACCAUUUAUAAUGUUCACCAGUGUCUCUGGUCUAAAUCUGGACUCACAUGCCAACAUGACACACAUGCUGAACCUCACAUCUGUACAGUACUUUCAUCCUCUGGGCGUACACAUGCACGACUACACUCACGUGCACCUUCUCUCUUUAAAAAUCACACACACACACACACACACACACACAGCAAACCACAGUUAAAUCCGUCCUUCAAUCGCCAGCAUCCGUCCACUGCUUGUAUAAACGCCCGCCUCUUAGAGAAGCCACAGGACCAGAUCAAUGCCUCCAGUACACGCUCUUCCCGGGUCCGAUCCCUCCUCCGUGUUUCCGUUAACGGUUAAGGUAGUCGUUGUUGUUAUCGUCUCAUUCUCCGGUGAGAAUGUUUGCACCGAUACGCGAGCGCAGACCCAACGCGAGGCGCUGGGUGAGUCCUGCUACGAAGACAGUCGAGUGAUAAUGUGCAAAGGUUAGCUCUCUCUCCAGCCGACGUCGAGGUAACCGCCGACAAGGUUUCAUUUGAUUCUCUGAAAACACAGUCAAGCCAAGACUAAGCUCAUCAUCUGUACUAUAUUAUUUAUACAUAAAUAAAUAUAUAUAAAUACGAAUAGUAUAUAUCCUGUAUUUUAUUUAUUGCACUUACCUGCGCCCUCCCUUUUUAAGAUUAGAAGCUUUCUCAUUGCAGAAGAUGCGUGUGAAGUGAUGUGGGAUGGGAGGGGGGAGCACCAUUUCCCAACAGCUCUGUAAAGACGGGUUAAGUUUUAGUUGCGUUGUAGGCUAUUUAUGUCAAUAUCAGGUAAAUUAUGUAGUGUAGUUUAACGAGUGCCGGCACAGAUCAUUUGUUAGGUCUUAAACUUAGAGAUGUCGCUUUACCAUCUUUAGCCUCAGUUUGUGGCAGAUGAGGCGUAGCACAGACGAGGAGAGACGGUUCAAACCCUCGAACCUGCUCCGAUUUCUACCGUUUACAGCUGUGGCCAGAGCCGAGCGUCAGAGAGGUUUACUCAUACACUCAGACAUAUGCUUUACACUUUGCUUACUGCUUCUUUUUCUUCUCUCUCUCUGUAAUCGUCUUCUUCGGGCCACGGCUCCAGUCAGAACCAUGAAAAAUGUUUUUACUAUUGUCAUUAUGUAGUUAUUUAUUUCAGUAUUGUCCUUUUCUUAUGUAUAUUGUAAAGCCAUGUAUUAUUGAGCAGAAUGAACAGGAGAGGCUUUUUGUAAAGUUGGUUCAGCAGAGUUUCUUCAGCUUUACUACAUUUUUUUUUUCUUCUGCUGGUUUCCCCAACAUGAACACUAACAGCUCCGCGGGUCGAUUCCUGUCACAUCUCCACCCUUUGCCUUCCUGUUUAGCGGCCAAGAAAGCACAACAUGGGCUUUUAUUACCAAAAAAAAAUACAGAAUAUGUUGCACUUCUUCCACAUCUCAAUUGCACAAAGUCCAGGGUGGUCUUUCGGUGCGCAGAUAGUUUCGGUUCCAGACAUAAUAUUUGGUCCUUCAAUUCAAAGACAGUGUGUAAACCACAGAGCAUGUGCUGCUGCUGCUGCUUCUACUGUCCUCAUCUAACCUGCAUGGGCUUGGCUUCAGCACAAUUACCAGCUACAGAAAUUAACCUGCAUGUUUUCUUUGUUUUUUAAUGAAGAGAAACCACAGUGCAGUUGAGAGUGGCUGGAUGAGUGUCAGGUAUUCUGCCCAUGUUGUGACAAAGAGCCCUUUGUCUGCGUUCACGUCUUCCCUGCUGCCUCCUGUUUAGCACUUACUUCCCAUUGUGCCGUCAGUAUUAACAGUCGACCACGUUUGCCUCUUGCCCUCACGUGAACCUUAUGUCACCCGCUGACCUUUCAAAAAAAAAGAUGUUUCACUUGGAUGCAAUAUUGUCUCCUCACGCGUGGAGGAGAUUUUGAACCAAACUCUUGUUUUCACCAACUUUCCACAAAAGCAGGGAAACAGCACAUGAAGAGAGUAAAUCUAUGGAGGUGAAAUAUCUCAUUAAAUGCCAUGUUUUAAGUGCAGUAAAGAGAAGUUGUGAAGCUAUUUUGUGUUGUCUUUAAGAACAAACCCAUCUCCUCUCAUCGGGACCACAUGUUGUCGAGCAGCCUUUGGUCGUAUUGUUUGGAUGUGUAGGUAGUAGAACGUACAGCUUGUGUAAAGAGAACGUAUCUGCUGGUUGUACCAAGAAAGACGGCAACUGAAGGAAUUAAUCAAGCAUAUGAAUGUUUAAACAAUGAAGUGUAUCAUGAUUUUUUUUUUAGCUGCACAUUUGUAGACGAAGCCUUAUCUGAAGUACUUGCUAUCUGAAUGACUUACACAUUAUCAGCAUCGUGGCGUUGUUCUGUUCUGUUCUGUCCGUGCAGUAUUUUUCUUUUUGUUUGUUUCUUUUCCACUGUACAAUGAAUAUAUCUUGUUUAAAUGUGAUCAUUUUUAUUUUUGAUGUCCUUUUUGUCCAGCAGUCGGUGUCUCUAGAUGGGUUGUUGUUUAUCUGUCAGCCAGAAUGCACUUUUUCAACUCAGCAGAGGAAGUCUGAUCAGAGAUAGAUGGGGAUGGACUGUAAAAGGAAAUAUUUCACACCGAGUAGCUUUGUUUUGCUUUGAUUUAUACUUUUUUUUACACAAAUGUGGCCCCGUUAAGCUUCUUCCAGCACAUUCCCUGCCUUCACUUUGCUGUUUUAUUAGCCACAGGUAUGAAGACACACUCGUGCAGCUCAGACUGUAUGGAGUGGACAGAAGACUGGCCUAGUUUUCAAAAAAAUCCUUCAUUCAUUUAGUUUCUUUGAGCAGAGCUGCUGCAGCGUCUUGUUCCCCUGGGCUUCUCUUUGGCUCUCAAACAGGAGACAAUGCCAUUCCUUCACUCUGCGUUUCUACACGAAGGAGAGAGUUGGUUGUACGAUACGACGUAGACAUUAUAAAUUACCAUCGUUCUUAUGAGCACUAGCGUUAAUUGUGCCGUUUUAAAAAUUGAAAAAAAAAACAAAAAAAAAAGUUCAAAUCAGAAGACGUGUCAUCGCCCCCAGCUGUUGUGGCACCGCUGUGAAGCCGGUGCCACCUGUUUCCUCUCCAAAAAAAAACCCCCAUGUGUACAUUUGACAAACUGGACUGUUUGUAGUUUCUGGUAGCUGUGCUUUAGUGAAUGUGUUCACCGUUAAGAAACUUGGAAUAAAUUGUCAAAUCUGUAAAAGUAAAAUAAAAGAAUUCAACACUG